UGAGCGGGAUUUUCAGCUAGGUCAUUCUCCAGGCUUAUAUGGGAAAUCUUAUUUUAGCAAUUAUUAAGCCUGGAAAAACGUAGGGCAUUUCCUGUGGAGCUCCAGGGCCGGCAGCAUGAAGACGCAACUGUGGAAACACCAAACCUUCCUACUGCUCUUCCUUUUCCAAGUUCGGGUUUCGGGUUUAGAUGACGACAGCCAGCCCGCGGCGGACAUCUGCUCAACCCACACGAUUUUAUCCGGACCCAAAGGAGAUGAAGGUGAAAAAGGAGAUCCAGGAGAAAUGGGAAGACAAGGAAAAGUCGGCCCUACGGGAUCCAAAGGAAGCAAAGGAAUGGUUGGAGAUACUGGUGACCAGGGAACGAUGGGUAAAAUUGGACCAAUCGGCCGAAAGGGUGACAAAGGAUUGAAGGGUCUAUCUGGCACUUUGGGAGGAAAGGGCAAAGCAGGUGCUGUCUGUGAUUGUGGGAGAUACCGCAAAGUCGUUGGACAACUGGAUAUUACCGUCGCUCGACUCAAGUCAUCCAUGAAAUUUGUUAAAAACGUGUUGGCAGGAAUCAGGGAAACUGAAGAGAAAUAUUACUACAUCGUGCAGGAGGAGAAGAGCUACAGGGAGGCUCUCACGCACUGCAGGAUCCGAGAUGGGAUCCUGGCAAUGCCGAAGGACGAGGCCGCCAACGCAGUGAUCUCCGACUACAUCUCCAAGAGUGGUCUUUUCCGAGUCUUCAUAGGAGUGAAUGACCUGGACCGAGAAGGCCAUUUCAUGUAUGCUGAUCGCACCCCGAUGCAGAACUACAGCAACUGGAAGGAAGGGGAACCUGAUGAUCCCUCCGGACAGGAAGACUGUGUGGAGAUGCUUAGCACAGGCAAGUGGAACGAUACGGAAUGCCACCUCACUAUGUUCUUUGUCUGCGAAUUCCCAAAGAAGAGACAGUAGGCA